AUGGAUGAAGCGGCAGCCAGCACGAAGCUGAACGUGGUGCUGUUCCCGUGGUUGGCGUUCGGCCACAUGAUCCCGUACCUGGAGCUCGCCAAGCGCCUGGCGGUGCGGGGCCACGCCGUCACCGUCCUCUCCACGCCGAGGAACGUCGCCAGGCUCCCGCCCGUGCCGGCGGACCUGUCGCCCCGCGUGCGCCUCGUGGCGCUGCCCGCGCCCGUCGUGGACGGCCUGCCCGAAGGCGCCGAGUCCACGGCCGACGUGCCGCCGGAGAAGAACGAGCUCAUAAAGAAGGCGGUCGACGGCCUGGCCGCCCCGUUCGCCGCGUUCCUCGCGGACGCCGUCGCCGACGACGGUGGGAGCAGGAGGCCCGACUGGAUCGUCAUGGACUUCUGCCACCACUGGCUCCCCGCGAUCGCCGAGGCGCACGGGGUGCCGUGCGCCGCGUUCCUGAUCGUGCAGCCCACCACGAUCGCGUUCCUGGGGCCGCGGUGGGCGCAGGUCGCGCACCCGCGCACGACGCUGGAAGACUUCACCGCGCCGCCCAGGUGGUGCCCGUCCUUCCCUUCCGCCAUCGCCUACCGCCGCCACGAGGCCGGCUGGGCCGUCGACGCGUUCCGGCCCAACGCGUCCGGGGUGUCCGACAUAGAACGCAUGUGGCAGAUCAUAGAGCGCACCCGCUUCACCUUCUACCGCAGCUGCGACGAGGUCGAGUCCGGGGUGUUCGCGCUCCUCACCGAUCUCUUCCACAAACCGGCCAUCCCCGCCGGGGUCCUCUUGCAGCCCGACCUUGCCGACGGCGACGGCAGCUCCCGCUCAGCAGAUGCCCGCUCCGAGGUGCUUCAGUGGCUGGACAGGCAGCCACCAAAGUCCACCAUCUACGUCGCGCUUGGGAGCGAGGCGCCGCUGACGGCCAGCAACCUGCACGAGCUCGCGCUGGGGCUGGAACUCGCCGGCGUCCGCUUCCUAUGGGGUUUCCGGAAGCCGAGCGGCAUGUCCGCGCCCACCAGCACCGACGUGGCCGAGCUGCUGCCUGCCGGGUUCGAGGACCGAACACGGGGUCACGGCCUCGUGUGCUCGGGGUGGGUGCCACAGGUGGCUGUGCUCGCGCACGCCGCGGUGGGCGCGUUCCUGACGCACUGCGGGUGGGGCUCCACCAUCGAGAGCCUCGUGUUCGGGCGCCCGCUGGUCAUGCUGCCGUUCGUCGUCGACCAGGGCCUCAUCGCACGGACGAUGGCGGAGCGGGGCAUCGGCGUGGAGGUGGCGAGGGACGAGGGAGACGGCUCGUUUGGCAGAGACGGCGUCGCGGCGGCGGUGCGGAGCGUCAUGGUGGAGGAACAGGGAAAGGUGUUCGCGAGUAACGCGGAGAGGCUGAAGCAAGCUCUCCGUGAUCAGCGACGGCAGGAUCAGUACAUGGACGAGCUUGUGGGAUAUCUUAAACGCUACAAGGAUGACAGCUGCUAG